UGAAAAUUAAAACUGCAAAUAAUACUAAUCAUAUUACCUAAUAAAAGAAAGAAAUUAUAUCGCCUAACUAUCAAAAAUCCUUCGAGUUAUAUAUAUCUCAGUUCCUCCAUAAUUCAUCUAAUAAAAUAACCCUUCGCAGAAAGAAAAAAAAAUCGAAAUCCAAAGCAAUGUACUCUUCAUUUCCUAUAUCAAAACGCCUUGUUUCUGUCCCUAUCUUGGCAGUGGUGACCAUACAAAUCCUCUUUAUUCGUAGUGGUUUUUCCUUGAAUCAGACCAAUGCAUAUUUGCACCAUAAAUGCAUCAAUAGUCAAGGGACAUACAAGUCCAGAAGUCCGUACGAGGAAAACCUCAACCGUGUUGUCCGUUCCAUCUCCACCGGCAAUCUUCGCAGCGGUUUCGCCCACGUCUCCAAUGGUGACACUCCCAAUACCGUCUUUGUGAAGCUCCAGUGCCGGGGUGACUCUUACUGGUCUAAAUGCCAUUCUUGCCUUGCCACCGCCAUCUCCGGGCUUCGUAAAAGAUGUCCCAAUAACAAGGGGGGAAUAAUUUGGUAUGACAACUGUCUUCUUGAGAUUUCCUCCAUCGAUACCCUAGGCAAAAUUGAUUACAAGAACAAUUUUUAUAUGUACAACGCCAAGGAAGUGAGCAGUGAUAUAGAGUCAUUCAACAAAAAUGUGAGGAUUCUCCUCAAUAAGCUGAAGGAAAAAGCCACUAGUAAUGAAACCAAUGCCGGAAGGGAUUACACUGUGUAUGCCGCGGGAGAUAAUAAGCUCGGGCCAAUGAAGUUGUACGCAAUGGUGCAAUGUACACAGGACUUAUCGACUGAUGGUUGCAAUGAGUGUUUGAAUUAUAUUUUGACGAAGCUUCCAAAAUGCUGCAUUGGUAAACAAGGAGGAAGAGUUUUGAGUACGAGCUGCAAUUUUAGGUAUGAGCUUUACCCUUUUGUGAAGACUUGAGACUGUUUGGUGAGAGCUCCAUAUGUGUAUUAUUG